GCAAACUAUGUAAUGCGCAUGCUUGUAACCGUAAAUAGUCUAUAAAUAUGAUACUAACCUUCGACGCGAGAUAUUACAUGUCUAAAACCACUCGCAUCAAUUGUGUUUUAUCCUUAUACAUACAGAAAAGUAUCAUGAAAAUUGUGGCGAUUAUCAUGGCCGUCAUGACGGUUGUUUACGGAUACAACUCCGAACGCACUGCAAGGUUUAAAGAAUAUUAUAUUGAGUGCAACAAAGUACAUGGUCAUAAAAAUCUUACAUUGUGCCACCAAUCGUUCAAAUGCGCAUUAAGUAAAGAGGGUCAGGUUUAUGGCCGAUACAACCAAUUGUCAGAGGAUAAAUUCUUGGAAUUUAUAAAGGAUGUCGUCUCCAACGAAACGGAAUUGCAACUGUUACAAGAAUUAUUCAAAACUUACUAUAAUGAAACGUAUAAAAGCAGACGACCCAAAUAUUAUCCACCGCCGGAAAAUAAUUUUACAAGUCUUUUGAUGCGUAUUUUAUCACUUCUAUUAAUCUUUUGAACGCAAAACAAAAACGAAUUACGGAUUAUAUUUUAUAUAAUAUGACGAAACACACACAUUACCUUCAUAUGUUUUCUGAACAUUUUUUUGUAUAACGUUCUGUAUAACGUUUCUGUAUGUACGUUAUUUGACUUUCCUUAAAUUGUUGAACGUUUAUAACAAAAAUUCAAUAAAGUGGUUAUUCUAAAAAAA